AUGAGCGCAGUUUCCGUGGCCGAUUCUUAUGCGGUUCAAACGAACCCACGCUUUACGUCGAAGGUUGAAUCCGAGUGGUUUUUCGUUCGGAUCGUUGGCUGGCUCUCUGUGUCUCACAUUACCGUUGUUCCAGGACGUUUUCCAUUCCUCGCCCGGUUGAAACGAAACAAUCCGACCACUCCGGAAGCUCAAAUAAUCCGAAUCCACGAUAGCGACGCACUGUCGAGAAGUUUCUUCAAUGUAAAUCAUCCAACGAGAUUCCACAUCCAUGGUUGGAAUGGAGGUGGUCAAAAUACGGUUGCGUCUAUCAGGAACGCGUUCUUGAAUCGCGGUGACAAUUUCAACGUUUUCACAGUUGACUGGGGCGUUGGUGCCACUACUCCAAAUUCUAUUCUCGCCUGUAACCGUGUCAACGAUGCAGGGCAUGUUGUCGCUCAGUUUAUUGAUUUUUUGAAUGCUAACGGACUGUCCUUUAACUCGAUUGGACUCAUUGGACACUCACUGGGUGCCCAAGUCGCUGGGGCUGCGGGAAAGAGAACGACUCGUGGCAUGGUCGCAAGUAUUGUCGGACUCGAUGCGGCUGGACCUUUAUUUUCGCUAGACGAUCCUGCCAACCGACUUCACCAUACUGAUGCUCAAUAUGUUGAGCAUCACGUCACCGAUGGAGGACGACUAGGUUUUCAGCAUCCCAUUGGCCACGCCAAUUUUUAUCCGAAUUGGGGCACACAACAACCAGGCUGCGGGCCAGAUUUAACCGGCCAAUGUGGCCACAGUCUAGCAACAACUUUCAUGGUAAAGUCCAUCAAUCCAUCGAUCAUUUUCGGGGCUACGAGAUGCCGAGAUCUGGAUGACAUACGUUCCCGACAGUGUAUAGUGAGUGGAACCAGUAGACGAUUGGGAGGUGAGCCGGUUCAAGACGGUCCUGGUAUAAUUGGAAGUGUUUAUUUCUUGGCAACGAAUUCCACAAGUCCAUUCGCUCAGGGCCCCAGAUAG